UUUUUUUUAGAAAACCCAACUUUAUUGUUUACUGGGUUCCCCACCCCCCCUUGGAAGGACCCUCGGUUGGAGGGGGGGCCCGCCAAGAUGAACGGCCUCCCCUUCGAAGACCCCGUCCUGCACGGUCUGGACUCCUCCCUGACGCUCCACGAAACCAGCGAGAUUGACACGGCUCUCUUGAGUGACAUUGACGACAUGCUCCAGCUGAUCAACACGGAAGAUGGCGAUUUCCCCGGCCUCUUCGAUGUGCCGUUUGGUGGGAACGCGUCUCCGGAUCACAAUCCACAUGCACCUGGGAUGUUUGGCAGCUACCUGGGGAAUAGCAGCCCGUCCACCUCCAGCCUCUUCCAGCUCUCAGCUCCAUCCCAAACGGGAUUUCAGACCUUGCCGCCGAGCGGCCCCAACGUGACGUCGACCCCCAUGGACGUCAAGGAAGAGACUGCAGCCGCAACUGUCAAUCAGCCGCAAACCCAGAUCCCGUUGGCCAGGGGAAUCGCCCAGAAUUUUGUUCCGGCGCCGCAGGUCCAGUUUUCACCGCAGCCAUUGAUGGGCUUCCCGAGCCAGAGUGGUAUUCCUGCUCCUCAGCCAGGAGGGCCUCCUGCACCUCUGUCGAGCCCCCCGGUCACCUCCCAGCAGCCUCCGCCAGCGGCUCUGCAGGCUCCAGUCCAGAGCAUCCUGCCCCAGCAGUUUCUUGCAUCCAGCACCCCCCAGGUCAUUCCAUCUCAGAUCCAACAAGUGCCGGUUCUGCUACAGCCCCACUUCAUCAAAGCCGACUCCCUGCUUCUGACGGCAGUGAAAGCGGACGUCUCCGGGGUCAAGACUUCGGGCAUCACAACUCUGGCUACCACAACAGCUGUGCAGUCCUCCCCGCUGCAGAUGCCGGCACUGGUGAGUGGCGGUACCAUCCUGGCAACUGUGCCAUUGAUGGUGGACACAGACAAACUGCCCAUUAACCGCUUGACUGCCGGGAAGCCUCUGGCGAACCACAGCAAAGGUGAGAAACGUACAGCGCACAACGCCAUCGAAAAGCGCUAUCGUUCAUCCAUCAAUGACAAGAUCACAGAGCUGAAGGAUCUGGUGAUGGGCACAGAUGCCAAGCUGAACAAGUCGGCCAUUUUGCGGAAGGCGAUCGACUACAUCCGUUUCCUGAAGCAGACCAACCAGAAGCUGAAAGCGGAGAACAUGGCCCUCAAAAUGGCUGCUCAGAAGAACAAGUCCCUGAAGGACCUGGUAGCCACUUGUGGCGGGAAUGUGGAAGACCCCACAGAAGGGGUCAAACUGAUGGAUGCCAUGACACCACCCCCAUCAGAUGCUGGAUCCCCCUCAUACAGCAGCCCCCUUUCGCUGAGUGGGACAAGCGGAAGCGACUCCGAGCCAGACAGCCCGUUCUGCGAAGAGGCCAAGGUGAAGCUAGAGGCUCAGACGCUCUCCCCAGGCAGUCUUGGGAUGCUGGAUCGGUCUCGCAUGGCUCUGUGUGCUUUUGUCUUCCUCUGCCUCUCGUUCAACCCUCUGUCUUCCAUCUUGGGAGGCUCAAGCUCUUCCGAUCCCUCAGAGAUUGCUAGUUCGAGUGGCCCAGGGCGCACUAUGAAGGCCGAGAACGAGCCAAGAGAUGCUCCGGUCGCCUGGUCCCAGUGGCUUCUCCCCACGUUAGUCUUCUGGCUGGUCAACGUCACGGUGGUUCUGGGCGCCUUCAUCCGGCUCUUCAUUUAUGGUGAGCCCGUCACGAGGCCCCAUUCGGAGUCCUCUGUCCUUUUCUGGAGGCAUCGCAAGCAGGCGGACCUGGAUUUGUCACGGGGGGAUUUUGCCCAGGCCUCCCAGAACUUAUGGACAGCGCUCAAAGCCCUGGGCCGCCCACUCCCCACCUCCAACCUAGACUUGACCUGCAGCCUCUUGUGGAACCUGAUCCGGCACGUGCUUCAGCGGCUCUGGGUGGGGCGCUGGCUGGCGGGGCGAGCCGGGGGCUUCUUCCACGACCGCGAGCUCAAGGCAGACGUGCGCAAGAGCGCCUGUGACGCGGCACUGGUUUAUCACCGGUUGCAUCAGCUGCACAUGACAGGGAAGCAUGUAGCCGGUCACCUGUCAGCUAUCAACAUGGCGCUGAGUGCUGUGAAUCUGGCCGAGUGCGCGGGGGGUACCAUGUCCGUGGCAACAUUGGCAGAGGUCUAUGUGGCGGCUGCACUGCGGGUAAAGACCAGUCUCCAUCGCUGCUGCCACUUCCUGGCGCGCUUCUUCCUCAGCAGUGCCCGGCAGGUGUUGCUGUCCCACAGCGGAACCGUGCCCCCCGCCCUCCAGUGGCUGUGCCAUCCCGUGGGUCACCGCUUCUUUGUGGACGGCGACUGGGCCGUGAAGAGCUCCCCGCGAGAGAGUAUCUACAGCUCCACCAGCAACCCUGUUGACCCCCUUGCUCAGGUCACCCAGCUUUUCCGGGAGCAUCUACUGGAAAAGGCCUUGUCUUGUGUGUCCAGGUUGGAGGGACAGCCACCUGUCAGCCACGGCGAGGGGGAAUUUUCCGAUGCCCUUGAGUACCUGAACUUCCUCAACAGCUGUGCUGAUGCUACUCCUGGUCCAGCUCCCUCCAUCAGCACCAAUAUGGAUGCCACCACAGGCACCGACCCUGUGGCUAACUGGUGGUCCUCCGUGGUUACCAUGGUGAUCCAUGGGUUGCAGGGGGAUGACGAAGCCAUGGACCGACUGUACCCGCUCGUGGAAUCCAUGCCCAAAAUCCUGCAGAUGUCUGAGAACCCUCUUCCUCGUGCAGCGCUGCACACCUUCAAGGCUGCCCGGGGCUUGCUGGGCAAACUGGACUGCAGCCUGGGCCAGUGUGACAAAGCCAGUGACUACCUGCGGGACAGCUUAGGGGGGAACACAGCCACAAGCACCAUUGACAGAGCCAUGCAGUUCCUGUUGUGCGACCUCCUUCUUAUCAUCCGCACGAGGCUCUGGCAGCAACAGAUGCAGGUGACUCAGCCACACGGGACCCCUUACCAAGCUUCUGCCCUUGAACUGCGUGGCUUCCAAGGAGACCUCAGUAGCCUCCGGCGCCUGGCCCAGGCUGACCGACCUGCUAUGCACAGGGUUUUUCUGCAUGAAGCCACAGCCCGGCUGAUGGCCCGAGCCAGCCCCACACGGACUCACCAGCUGCUGGACCGGAGUCUGCGCCGAAGGGGGGCCUCAAACAGCAAGGGAGCCAGCGAACAGGAGAAUCACCCAACGGCGCGGGAGCAGGCCGAAGCCCUGUUACUGGCUUGCUCCUACCUACCGCCCGCCUUCCUCUUGGGGCCGGGUCAGCGGAUGGGCAUGUUGGCCGAGGCCGCCCGUUCGCUGGAGAAGCUGGGCGACAAACGGAUGCUCCACGAGUGCCAGCAAAUGAUCAUCAAGCUGGGCAGCGGCUCCACCGUCACCACCAGCUAGAGAGGCAGGGCAGAGGACAGGGCCAGGGGCAAGGGACCACCCCGUGGGGCGCUGCUUGGGCACGAUCCCUGCAAGGACGUCUUGCCUCUAUUUCUCAUGGACUGUCGGUGGGGGAGGCGGAGGGUUCUGAAGAGCGGGACCUGCCGAUUCUGAGCUUUUCUCUAGGUAAUAAGUUCUCUACGCAGUUAAGACUUUGCCUCCCUAGUUUUCAUGGCACAUGUUCCCCCACCCCGGUUACUGUUUUGUUCCGAGCAGACAGAGGUGCAAGAGAGCUGUGGUGUUUGCUGGAGGGGGAGGUGGGAUCGUAUCAAAAAACAGUGUGUUACGGGCGUCCUUCUGUUUUGAGAGACUUGUUGAGAAGGUGAAGGUGUCGAUCCCACCGCCUUGAGGGCGUUCUGCACCCUGAAACGCACCCUCUUUCUUCUGAUACAUGCCCACCUGUGCAUGCUUGGUGUCGAUUCCUCGCCCGCCCUUGGCAGCAUGUUGGGCCCGAUGGCUUUUUUGCAACAGAACUGCUUCUCAUCUGCCCGGUCGUAGCCAACUCACCAGAGUUCAUCGCUCUUUCUGAAGCCCUCCGUCUUAGUGAGGCAACAGGGACCCCUAGGGGCAACUCCCAGUAUUGCAGAAUGCUCAUUCAUCGACUACACUAUCCAAGGUGGAUUUUGAUUUGCGUCGCACACUGGGCAGCUGUUGUGUUUCCUCCUCCACUCUGGCACAAGGGCACAGACCGAUAGUCCCUCGCUUGGUGGCAAAGCUGUUUUUUUGUGUAGCCAUGUUUAAAGGAGGGUGAAAUUCUUGCGGGGGGUGUGUGUGUUCCUUUAAGAUGCCCUCAUGUUCCGAGAAGAGGAGGACACUGGGGAUUUUGCCGGUCUUUAAGAGGCGGUGACUUGUGCUUUUCUCAUCCAGGGUGGUCUCCCUGAAAGCUGACUGUGAAUGUUGAGGUCCCCAAAUAGAAGGGGGGGGGGGUAGCCAUGUUAGAUCCUUGCAAUGAAAAUAGACAAGAGUCUGGUGAUACCUUCAAGACUAACUGAUUUUAUCCCAGCAUAAGCUUUUGGGAGCUAGAGAUUUCUUCAGUAGCGUAGAUGACUCAAGGAGAGACGUACACCUCCUUGCCACAAGAUGUCCAUGACAAUUUUUUUUUUUAAAAGAACUUGUGCUCCUUGUUGAGUGUUUCGGAGCGAAGGGUGUUUUGCCUAGAGAUGCUGGGGUGUCUAUUUCAGUGAAAAUAUCAUUGGGGAUGUUUCUCCCUGCCCUGCCAGAGAAAAGCGACUUCACCUCAGAAGUGUUAAUGUGAUUCGACUGACAAACGUCCUGGAAAGAAAAUGGCGGACAGUUAGGUUAAUUUUGGACUCCUGUGUUCCAGCAGUUGUGUGUGUGUGUGUGGGGGGGGGGGUGUUGACUCGUUUUGUCUUUCCAGGCCCCCUCCAUAGACACUGGCUUGGCACUAGGUUCUGCACUUUGGUCCCCCCCAUCAGAUUGUGUGGUGAGGAGGCUGUUGCUAUGGGAACCAGCCCAUCAGGGUAGGGGCAAUGGAGGGUUCCGGCUAAGUCGCAGAAAAGACGUGGGAAAGGUGUCCUCUGCAUCGUUUCACUCUUAGGAGCAGGCAACGUAUAUAUCGCUCCCCGCCGCCUUCUUUUCUCAACCUGCACCACUCUUCCUUUUAAAAGUUAUUUUCAUAGUAUGAGUUUUUUGUACAGAUGAUAAAAUAAAACCCUACUUAUUUAUA